AUUCUAUUUAUUUCCAACAUAUCUACUUGCAAAACAACUACCUUUCAAACACUCAAAUUCAUAUCUAUUGGAUUCAUCUCUUUAGUUAAUCAAGAUGGCGGCAGAGGGGGGGUGGCCAUUGAUCGACCGUCUGAAGAGGGUGGUGAAAAAGAUAAGUUUUCUAUUGAAUAUAAAUGUUCACAGAUGGAAACUGGCAUCGAUGAUUGGGCGUUCAUCGAGCAAGAGAAGGCUGAGCUUCAAUGACAGGCCCGGACUGAGGGAAUUCACGGAAGAUUCUGAACCCAAUAAUUGCGAUCAACCAGGAUCUUCUACGAGGGAGCUUCAGAGAACAAUAAGUUAUCCAUCAGAAGAUGAUAUUGAUAAGAGAGCAGACAAAUUUAUUGCAAACUUUUACAAGCAACUUCAGCUCGAAAGACAAAUUUCAUUGGAACUAAGGUAUUAUAGAGGAAACAGUGUUGAUUCAGCUUCUCCAUGAUGAUUAUAACAGACGGCCGGGAUCAAUUCUCUAUUUGCAGAAAAUUUUGAAAACCCUUUCUUGGAAAAGAAAGAUGGUUGAAUUUGUUCAUGAUUCAUGCCAACUGAGUAGAAGAUAUUUCAUGCAGCUUCUGCACAUUUGUUUUUUGAGUGCGAAAGUGUAAUGGAGACUAGUUUUAGGAAGGAUCUCCUUUACAAAUAUGAAAAAUGGUGAUCCAAAAAGGUAUACAAAUUUUGAUCUGCUUCAGUAUUUGGAUAGCUGGAUCAAGAUUUUUUUUUUUUUUUUUCGUUUUAUUCUUUUGGUUGUGGAUUUGUGUGCGUGCUUAAUGAGGAUGUUGAUAUAAUUUUCAUUUUUUUUUCUUCUAAUUAAUGAAAAGGUUGUAUUAUUGGCACCAUUGGCCAACAAUAAGAGAAUGUAAUUUUCUGGGUUUCUUU